AUGUCUACUCCUUCAGAAAGUUUCGGAAACUUUGAUCUUGUCAAAAGAGUCAAGCUUGAUUUCACGGAUGUUGUUGUUUCGAAAUGGAGGAGCCGUGUGACGGGUCUGAGCGUUGUUCAUCUAGAUUACACAGCCCCCAUCGUCAAUGGUUAUUUUGUUGUCGGCACCGAAAUAUUUGAUGAUUCUGGUUGCCCCCAUACUCUGGAACAUCUUGUUUUUAUGGGGUCAGAGAAAUAUCCGUACAAGGGUAUCAUCGAUCAUUUGGCUAAUCGCGGCUUCUCAAACGGGACUAACGCCUGGACGGACACGGAUCACACUGCCUAUACAGUCUCUACUGCCGGAGAACAGGGAUUCCUGCAAUUGUUACCUAUCUAUGUCGAUCAUAUCCUGUAUCCCACAAUAACACAAGCUGGUUUUGUAACAGAAGUGCAUCAUAUCGAUCCAAGCGGACAGGAUUCAGGUGUGGUAUACAGUGAGAUGCAGGGCCGAGAAAAUACUUCGGGAGAUCUUAUGGCUCUUCGGGCACAACGGCUUUUGGAUCCACCAGGUUGCGCCUAUCGCAGCGAAACAGGCGGUCUUAUGGAAGCCCUACGAGUACUCUCUGUCGAGCAAAUAAGGAAAUAUCAUGGCACGUAUUAUGUCCCCCACAACUUGACCCUCAUUGUGGGAGGUAAACUUUCCAGUGGCACCUCGUCACUGUUGGAUGUGGUACAAAACAAAGUGGAACCUGUUCUCAUCUCGCAUGGACAAAACAAGGGACCUCGGCCCCCAGGUUGGAAACGGUCCUUUGUUGAAACAGCCAGUGCUGCUAGACCCCCGAUUGCUGAAACCAUCAAGGAAACAAUAGAUUUCCCCGAGCAAGAUGAAAGUGUUGGCGAAGUUACCAUUACUUUCCUAGGCCCUGCUACAAAUGACUUUCUAGGACGGAAGGCUGUUGAUAUUUUGGCCACAUACCUUACCUCUUCUGCAGUAGCGCCUCUCAACAAGGAAUUUGUUGAGAUAGAAUCACCCCUAUGCACGUACAUCUACUUCUCCGAGGACAUUAGAGCUACCCGCGUCUACCUCCCUAUAUACAUUGGUUCCAUUCCAGCAGAGCAUCUGGACACUUUCGAUCAAAAGCUGAAAACUACUCUUCAACGUAUCGCCGAUGAAGGGAUAGACAUGGAACGUAUGGCUAUGGUCAUCAAUCGUGAUGAGCGUCAGCUGCGCAGUAAGCUAGAAUCGGCUAAAGGCGAUACUUUCUCCACCAACAUCAUCACGGACUUCUUAUAUGGUGCCGAGGAUGGAUCGGAGCUGAAGGACUCUAUGGACGAAAUCAACCAAUAUAACGAGAUAAGAUCAUUCUCAAGUAAACAAUGGACGGAUCUUCUGAAAAAAUAUUUUAUUGAUCCAGCAUCCGUCAUUGUUAUUGGUAAACCUUCUGCUGCCUUGGCUAAGAAGUUGGAGGAAGAUGAGAAGGCUCGCGUUGCUGCUCAGGUCGAAAAACUUGGCCCGGAAGGUCUCAAGAAGGCGGCGAAGGAACUUGAAGCUGCUAAAGCAGAACAUGAUCUCCCGAUUCCUACUGAGGUGCUGACAAAGUUCCCAAUACCCGAUGUCAAGAGCAUAUCCUGGAUACCAGUCCAGAGUCUCCAAGAACCGGGUAAAGGUCGAAAUUCUGCUCCAGGACGAGUGGGGACCUCACUGUCCCAACACGUACAUAGUGAUGGUUCUGCCCUACCCUUCUUUGUACAAUACGACCAUGUCGAGUCAGAUUUCGUGACUGUUCACGGGUAUUUCUCCCUCGCAAAGGUUCCCCAUCACCUGCGACCACACAUAUCAACCUAUCUUUCGGCGUUCUUUGCAUUGCCUGUACAAAGACAAUCUGGUGAAUGGUUGAGCCAUGAAGAGGUUAUCAACAAACUUGAUGAUGAAACUGUAUCAUAUGAGGUGGGACUCGGGGUGUCAAACGCAUUCGCUGAAACUCUUCGUGUCAGCAUCAAAGUCGAAGUAUCUGGAUAUGAAGUUGCUGUCGCUUGGCUGAGAGACCUUGUGUAUGGCGCUCGCUUUGACAAAGAGCGGCUCCAAGUAACUGUUGCCAAAAUUCAACAAUCCCUCCCUGAGCUCAAACGCGAUGGCAACACGGUCCUGGGCUCUCUGUGGGCAGAUCUCCUCUACAAUGAAAGCUCGACGUCCCGAGCGGGAGGAGUUCUUCCUCAGAUCGAUUUCAUUCCCAAGCUCGUCAAACAGCUACAGGAGGAGCCAGACAAAGUAGUCGCGAAUUUCGAGGAGAUCCGGAAGCACAUGACUGAUCCUUCCGGCAUGCGAUUCUCGGUUACAGGGGACGUUAUGAAACUACCACAACCAAGGAGUGUCUGGCCCAAGUAUUUCCACUCCGUUCCGGACGUGCCUCUAGCACCCGUUCCUUUAGUGUCUGAUAGGCUCAGUACUGUUGGCGAAAAUCCUGUUAAGAAGGCGAUUGUCAUGAGCCUCCCUACGAUAGGGAGUUCAUACGUUACUCACACUGCCAAGUGUCUCAAAGGUUUCCAGCAACCUGAGUAUCCCGCUAUCCGUGUCGCACUUGAAGUUCUCAACGCCACUGAGAGUUAUCUCUGGCGGUAUAUCAGAGGUUCAGGCCUUGCAUACGGCGCGUACGUAUCAAUAGACCUUGAAGCUGGGCUCUUAAGCUUCUCGUUGUACCGGGCAAGAGCUUUCAGGGAAGCUUCAAAUGUCUUGAAAGGACUAGUUGACGGAAGCGUUCCCUUCGAUCCAACAACACUCGAUGCCGCCAAGAGCAGUAUUGUGUAUGGUAUUACCAAGAGCGUUUCUACGGCAAGUCGCGCAGCAAGUGUUUCUUUCACGAACCAAGCUCUAAAGGGCCUCGCACAAAACUACCAAGUUGAAUUACUUGACAAGCUACAAGCUGUCACCCAGGAGGAUGUCUUGGCUACAUUGCGGACGCAUUUCCUACCUCUUUUUGAUCCGUCAUCAUCUGUAGCCGUCGUAGUAACGUCUCCUGCUAAAGCAAGCGAGAUUGCUGACGGAUUAAAAGACGCUGGCUUUGAUGUGGAGAGCCGGCAGCUGGAAAUUGACCCGGAUGAAUAUAGUGGUAGCGGUAGCGAAUGUGAUAGUGAUUGCGAUAGCGACCAUGACCAUAGUGACUAG